GUUCGGGGUCUAGCUAAUGGGUUCUGUUUUGAGUUAGUCACAUAUGCUUGAAGUCAUUCAGCAUACUAACCAUGAUCUCAUUCAUCUUUCAGAUUUCAUCCAGAGCUGCCAAAAUGAACUGAAAUCUUUCCUUAAAGAUCAAACUGAUCAUUUGUUUCAAGGCACAGAAGACGACGGUUCAUCAGUGCCUUUGGACCGGAUCUACACGGAGCUCUACAUCACAGAGGGAGGCAGCGGGGAGGUCAAUACUGAACAUGAAGUCAUUCAACUAGAGUGUCAAAGGUCUUCAAGUGAGGAGAGGAAGAUCAACCUCAAUGACAUCUUUAAACCUUUAUCAAAAGAAGACACGGCGCCCCGGAGAGUCCUGACGAAGGGGAUCGCUGGCAUCGGAAAAACUGUCUCUGUGCUGAAAUUCACUCAGGACUGGGCGAGAGGAGAAGCCAACCAAAACAUUCAGUUCUUAUUUCCAUUCACAUUCAGAGAGUUGAAUUUAAUGGACGAUGAGGAAUGGAGUCUUCUGGCUUUGAUUGGCCACCACUAUGAUGACGUGAAGGGUUUGGACGCCUCAAACUACGAAGGGUUGAAUGUCUUGUUCAUCUUUGACGGCCUGGACGAAAGCAAGUUCCCUCUGAACUUCAAGAAAAACAAGACGUGCUGCAGUGUUACAAAGCCGACCACCGUGGACGUCCUGCUAACCAACCUGAUCAAUGGCAAACUGAUGCACAAAGCCUCGGUCUGGAUCACAAGUAGACCAGCAGCAUCCGCAAAGAUCCCCCCCAAGUUCAUCAACAGGGUGACCGAGGUCCGAGGCUUCAGUGAUGAGCAGAAGGUGGAGUACUUUCAGAGGAAAGUGAGCGACCAGUCGAUGGCUCAGAGGAUCUUAGAUCAUCUUCAGUCCAAGCCCCUGAGAAGUCUCUACAUCAUGUGCCACAUCCCCGUCUUCUGCUGGAUUUCAGCCGAAACCCUCCAGAGUCUCCUGACGCAAAACCACAGCGGCGAGCUGCCAAAGACUGUGACCGAAAUGUACACACACUUCCUGAUUGUUCAGAGGAAGAUAACACAGGAGAAGGAUUAUCAGGACCAUGACACGGACAAAGAGUUGAUCGUGAAGUUGGGAAAGCUGGCCUUCGAACAGCUGCAGAAAGGCAACAUCAUCUUUGAAGAGGACGACUUCGAAAGUUGUGGAAUCGCUCUAAGACCAGCGGCAGAUUACUCCGGGGUCUGCACGCAGAUCAUCAAAAAAGAACACGGGUUUCACAAACGAGCGAUGUACUGCUUCAUACAUUUAAGUGUGCAGGAAUUUCUUGCAGCUCUUUAUGUUUUAGAGACAUUCUUGGACAGUGGACAACGUCUACUUGUCAGCCAGACACGCGUGAAGAUGAAAGGGAAACAUUCAGUCAUCUUCCUCCACAGGGACGCUGUGGAUCUGGCUUUAGCCAGCGACUACGGACAGUGGGACUUGUUCCUGCGCUUCCUGCUCGGUCUGUCACAGGAUGAAAAUCAGAAGCUUAUGAAGAAAGUCUUAAGAAAUAAAGACGGACAUCAAUGGAGCAACGAAGUGACAAUCGACUACAUCCAUGACAAGAUCAAGAAACUGUCCUACACCGACCAGAGUAUCAAUCUGUUCCACUGUUUGAGUGAGCUGGGGGACCGGUCUCUGGUGGAACAGGUCCAAAACUACCAGCGCUCAGGAGAUGUUGGUAAGAUCUCACCCUCACAUUGGUCAGCUCUGGCCUACCUGCUGCUCGUUUCCUCUGAAGACCUGAACCUCUUUGACCUGAGGCAGUUCUCGGGGUCAGAUGAAGUCCUGGAGAGGCUGCUGCCCGUGUUCAGAGUGUCUAAGAAAGCUGUGUUGACUGAGUGUACGCUCACGGACAGAUGUUGUUCCUUUAUCUCAUCGGUCCUCAGCUGGAAGUCGUGUGUUCUGGAGGAGUUAGACCUGAGCAGAAACCAGCUUCAGGACUCUGGGAUGAAUCUGCUCUCUGAGGGUCUGAGGAGUCCCAACUGCAAGCUCCAGAAGCUCCUUUUGAUGGACUGUGGCGUUACAAAGACGGGAUGUCAGUCUUUGGGCUCUGCUCUGACCUCAAACCCCUCCCACCUGAAAGAUCUGGAUCUCAGUAAAAACAAACUACUGGAUGAAGGACUGGGACCUCUUUCAGAAAUCCUCCAUUACUGUUCUUUGGAGACCCUGAGGUUAUGUGAGUGUGGCAUCGCAGGACCUAUAGGUCUCAACUUGAACCUGAGAAACCUGGAUCUGAGCAGGAACCCUCUAGGUGGACCAGCAAUCAUCCAGCUCUGCUGCUUUUUGAAGGACCCCGGCUGUCGGCUGGAGAGACUGUGGCUUUCAAAGAUCAACCUACGAAUGGACAGUGCUGCAGCUCUCACCUCGGCUCUGGCUCAGAACCCUUCCCACCUGAGGGAACUGGACCUGGGCUCCAACAACCUUGGUGACGGUGGAGCGAGUCAGAUCGCAGGUUUGCUGAGGGAUCCAAACUGCAGAGUGGAAACCCUGAGACUGGCUGGGUGUCGGUUUUCACAGGUCGGCUGUAAAGAGCUGGCUUCUUCUCUGAGGUCAAACCCCGCCCACCUCAGAGUCCUGGACCUGUGGAGGAACGAUCUCAGAGACGCCGGGGUGGAACACCUGUCUCACUUCCUGGAUGAGCCUCUCUGUGAGCUGGAGACCCUGAGUCUGAAAGGCUGCUCGCUAACAGCAGCCUGCUGCCCACACCUGACCCACAGCGGCUCCUCGUCUCUCAAAGACCUGGACCUGAGCUACAACCAGCUGACGGACCAGGGGGUGGAGCUGCUCUGUGAUUGGCUGAAGAAACAUUGUUGUUUGGAGACACUGAGGCUGUCGGAGGUAACAAACAGCGGCUGUGCUUCUCUGGCCUCGGCUCUGAGGUCAAACGUACGGCUCAGAGAGCUGUACCUCGGGAAGACUGAUCCCGGGGGGUCUGGUGUUGAGCGUCUGUCUGAGCUGCAGGGGGACAGUCAAUGCGGACUGAAGACUCUGGUGGUGACAGAGUGAUCCACGACAGGAGAGCCUGACACGACGGAGGUCAUCAGUCGGUUCUCAGUCUGCCUUCUUUCUUUCUCUCUUUGUUCUUUCCAUGUUUCCUCAUCCUUUAUGUCUCCUUCUCU